CUUAUUCUUUGCUGUUUUACAAGGUAAUCUCUCUGUAAUUUGUACUUAGUCGCUCGGACUAACCCCCUAAAUUAAAAAUAGCUGCAUCGGUCAACUACAUUAUGGCGUUCAAGAAACCCGUAUCUGACGACCUUUACAAAACAGCACGAGAAGAAGUUGAAGCAGCGGGAGGAAAAGUUCUUUAUGAAUAUAAGUCAGCAUUGAAAGGCAUUCUUGUUCAAUUACCUAGUCAGGAAUUUAACAUAUUUAGCUCGAAACCCUAUGUUGAUUUUUUUGAAAAGGAUUCUUCCGUUCAUAUCUAAGGAAGGAAGGUUAAAAAAUAAAUAAAAAAAUUGUGUAUGUUAUCUGUCA